GGUCCGGUCGGGGAAGUGGGCGGCGUUAGGCUGCCGUUGCAGUCAUUACAUGGGUACGGAUCUGUGUUCAUGUACUCGGCGUCGACGAGUCCUGGGGGCGGAGGUGGUCAGGGUGGCGGAGGCGGAGGAGAAGUGACCCUCCGCCUCCGCGAACCCGAGGACAUUCCCGAAGAAGUUCUUGCGCGCCUCGAAGACACGGCCACUCUCUCCAUCUCCCUUCAAGGCGACGCAGUCCUGAGGCUGGGGGCGGCUGGCACCGGUAACGGGAAUUUGGAGCUAUUCGAUAGUGAGAGCGGGCCGGACCUCACACUAUCACCUCAGACCUUUACGUCGACGGCAGAGGCCUUCAUCAAUGACAAUAGCGAUAGUCUUGGUGUUCCAGGAGACAACGAUACGGGUAGCAGCGAGGAAUCGAGACCUGGCGGCGGUGAUCCUGGAAAGUUGGGGGUGAAGAAAGCGAGACCGAAGGCUUCGUCGCCCAACCGACAGGGACCACAGCAGUGCCAAGUCUGCGGGAAGGUGUUUAACAACGCAUCGGCGCUCACGAAGCACAAGCUGACGCACAGCGACGAGAGGAAAUACGUGUGCACGAUGUGCGGGAAGGCGUUCAAGCGGCAGGACCACUUGAACGGGCACAUGUUGACGCAUCGAAAUAAAAAACCGUACGAGUGUAAAGCGGAAGGUUGCGGCAAGUCGUACUGUGACGCGAGGAGUCUGAGAAGGCAUACGGAGAAUCAUCACGCUGGGAGCAAAGUGAACGAGAGCGUCAGUCCCAGUAGCCCGACGACCGGCCCAAACACCCCGGGAAGCAAUCCUAGCACGCCCAGCACACCGGGCGCAACCUCGACGUCAAACGGCCACGGACAUCCGGCCCUGAGUAAAUUGCUUGCCACAGAACCCACGCAAACUCCACAGCAAAAAAGUGCCACGUCUCCCGGUGCCAGCAACGAUGGCCUCACGAAGCAACAACUCGAGCUCAUUCAACAGAUCAUGCAGCAAACGCAGCAGCAGCAGCAACAGCAGCAGCAGCAGCAAACGUCGACGCAACAAUCGCAGACACCACGCAGCAAUUCGGCGACGACCGUCACGGCGCAGAUCCAGAAAAGUCAAAAACCGUCCGUCAAGUCCGCAACUUCGUCCGGCACCGUUACAAAUAAUUCCGGGAGUGCGAGCGCAACGAGCAACGCAAGAUCCAGCCCGAAACCAAAAGUUUGGAGCCACGUACAGCAGCAGCAGCAGCAGCAGCAACAACAACAGCAGCAACAGCAGCAGCAACAACAACAGCAGCAGCAGCAGCAGCAACAACCGCAGGCUAACUCGCCGAGUGGCGGAAACGUUGGUAAAAGCAGUCCGUCACCGGGAAAUUCGGCGUCCCCUACCGUGACGCCGUCCAACAAGUCGCAGACAGAACCGAAACCGGUCGAGUGCAAUUUGUGCCAUCGGAAAUUCAAAAAUAUACCCGCGCUCAAUGGCCACAUGAGACUGCACGGUGGUUACUUCAAAAAGGAUGCCGAAAACAAAAAAAACGAGAAGAAAGAGGUCGUCGGUCCGCCGUUACAAACCGCGUCCGUCAGUGUAAGGGCGCUCAUCGAGGAAAAGAUCAUACAGAAAAGAACAACUGCAGCGGAUACGGGCACGAGCCAGCAAGCUCGCACAAACGCAAAUUACACAACAGCGGACAGCGCGUCGCAGAUUUCUGGUAAGACCAGUUUCGCCGUGCCAGCACCGCCGCCGUUGGCCUCCGCGGAGAAGGUACGCAGGCUUUCCGAUGGGGAACACUUCCGGCAGCCGAACAUCACCGUUUCCGGACACGCUACCGUCCAGAAACAGCUACAGGAAGCGCAGACCCAAGCUCAGGCGCAAGCACUCGCCGAUAUGAUUUUGAAGGGCACCACCAAAAUGGCUGUAAAAAGAGCAACGUCCGAUCCUGGUCAACGAUUGCACCUGAGCUAUCAGUCGUCGGUUCAGUCUUCGACUAAUCAGUCUCAACAACAACAGCAGCAACAACAACAACAACAGCAACAGCAGCAGCAUAAUCAGCCUCAAGCUCAAUCCACGGUUACAGACAACUUCUCUAUGACAGGCUAUUCCGAAGAUGGUGGUUAUUUCAGUCCCAGCCUUCAGGAAGAAGUCUUUCAACAAGUCACCGCGGUUCCUGACAGCGUUCUGCUUCAUGCUACCCAGUUGGAUUCCCUUCAAUUUCAGACGGCGAGCCUGCUACAGGAGCAGUCCAAUGAACAGCUACAAGACAUCACCCUGGAAGACCGAUACUCCUCGCAGCACACGGUGAACCCAGACCUACAAGCGUUGGUAAAUUCUCCGCUGCCAGAUUCGUUGGCCGAGUUCAGCACGUACGGCGCCCAAUACACGGAAAGUCCGCACCCUUUGCCUACCCAGUCGCCCCUACCGUCUCCUUUGACCAGACACGACAGUCCAAGUUUCACAUAUCCAACGCCGCCGGCGAGCCAGGAGGGUCUCCUGACGGGCAGCUUCCCUUUGUUAAGUCCGCAAGAGGACCCCGAGAGCGUGAGGCAAGUCUCGUCGCCGUUGUCCGCGGCUUUCUAUGCAACCACCAUGUCCUCGGCCGCGGCGGUCGAGGCAGCACUGAGCGAAGUGCUGCCAGGCGAAUCCGAGGCGGACGCGGACCUUUACGGAUCCGGUUCGCCGAAUCCUCACUCGCCACUGCCAAGCCCCCUGUCAGCGACCCCGGCACCCUCGCCGUUGUCAUCGUUACCGCCGUCCUCAGUCUCGUCUCCGGGCCCGGUGUCGUUCACGAGCUCUAGCUUCCCCGUGUCGCCGCAUCACGCGCUUCAAAACCAGAUGAUGCCCAACUCGGAGGACCCGUUAUUGUCGUCCACCCCAAAGGAUUUCACCACGGCCAGCCGCAGACGGUUCGAGCUACAGUCGUACAAAUUCAUCACCAGUCAGAACUUGAUGGACUUCGGGCUGGGCAACGGCAGCUUGGCUGGCAUCGUGGUGGGCAACAACGGCGAUUUCAAACUGAUACAAACAGCCGGGCUACAAAAGGCGAACGUUCUGGUGCAAACCGGUUCCCUGAGCCCGGCGCUCGCCUUCAAAAAGGAAAUGCGGCUGGCGACGCCGAAGAUGGAGUCCGUCGCCGUGAACCUCGGCCUCAACGUCCAGACUAAUCACCAUUACAACUCGGGACAGUUCAAUCAACAGCAAGUGGUGAACCCGACGAAGUUUCUCAUACAGACGAACGUCGCUAAGAACAACAAUUUGAGACAGAAGAUCAAUUGUAAUCUACCGAUACCGGUGGAGCAGAUCAAGGAAGAACUGCUGGACGAAGACGUGUUUCUCAAUCCCAGUAAUGUGCCGACCGGAAGCCCUGUCAGACAGUGCAGGAAGAGGCCUCGCAUGGACGGAGGAUUGUACACGAGCACGUCUCAUUCGUAUCCGUCGAGAUUGAGGAAGGCUUGUGACAGACAUUGGGACAGCAGUUACACGCCGCCGCCAAUUUUGGAUCCCUCGCGUCCUGGACCGGGCCUGUACGCCAGAUUGCACCAGUACGAGAGGGACUCCGACUUCAGCUCGGACGACUCGCAAGGGAACGACGGACCCCCGCCCAGGAUCAACAUCGGGACGAGGUACCAAGCGACGAUACCGCCGAUGGGCAGUGACGGGCACAGAGGAAAGGGCGACCCUGAGGCUGAUCAUCUACUCUGGGAUCCUGGUAUAAAUAACGUGCUGACAGACAAUGAACUGGAAAUGUAUCUGCAAUUUGCAUGCUGCGCCGCGGUACCAGGUGGAGGCAGGAACAAAGAGUACGCGCUUCAUCUGCUGCACAUGUGCAAAGGAAAUAUUCAUGAAGCGAUGCUGAAGCUCAUGAGACCAACGCCCCCGCUUCCGGCGGAGCACCCGUUGCUCAGCUACGAGUGCCACGAGUCGGACCGGUGGACGUCGCAGGAAAUGGACGCGUUUUAUCAAGGCCUGUUGAAGUACAACAAGGACUUCGUCGCGAUCUCGCGGGACGUCGGCGCCAAGUCCACGAAACAGUGCGUGCAAUUCUACUACCUGUGGAAGAGGCUCUGUCCGGACGAGUACAAGAGGCUGCGCGUACGCCACGGUAAAUCAAAGAUCAAGACGGAAGUGAAGGAUUCCAAGGACACUAAAGAACUCCGCGACGCCAUCGCCUCCGUUACAGAAAUGGAUUUCAAUGACGACAAAUCCAUUCUCCAACGCACACUGUUAAAGACGCACGAGAGAGAAAACUCGGCCACCUUGACUACCAGCGACGGAGAAUUGAGAUUAUUCGCAUACGACUGUCCAGAUAGCUUUAGCGGAAGUGUAACAGUAACGAUGGCCGGGAGCACCCAAACCGCCCAAACCGGCAAUACCGGCCACGCCACAGUCAACACCAACUCACAAACUCACACUAGUUCUGAGCAACAACUACCCGUGCCCACCCCACUUCACUACCCCUGCAAGAUUUGCGGGAAAGUUUUCAACAAAGUGAAAAGCAGAAGCGCGCACAUGAAAUCGCACAGGCCGGUGCCCUCGCCCGAUUCAACGGGACAGGAAUCUAAGAGGCCUGCCGGGCAGCAAACGAAGAUGCAGCAACAGUCGCAUCACACCACGCAACAACAACAGCGUCAGCAGCAGCAGCAACAGCAGCAAUCACAGCUGCCGCAGCAACAACAACAACAGCAGCAGCAGCAGCAACAGAGUGGGAUACCGUCGCAGACGCAAGACUUCAAUCAGCAGCAACUGCCUCCAAGCAACGGCGACACCGGCGCUCAAAAUCAGCCGCAUUUAUGGCACAACCCAACGACGCGGCUCAGGCCACCAUAGGACGAUGCCCAGCCGGUUCAACUAAAGUUACCUUAACGAAGGCUGUAAACGGUACGGUAGGAAAGUAUUUUACGGUCCCGCGAGAUUACAUAGCCAGGCACUACUAAACAAACAAAGGCGGCCGUGUCCGCUAAACGAAGCAGUGGCUCGUGUGUAAUUCGUGAAGCCUCGCACAUUCUCACAUCGCGUGAAACGUUGACCGACGAGGUAGCAAAAAGUAGGACACUUCCACGGGAUAGAUAAUAUAGUUCCGAGCGAGAAAAAUGAAAACAAGAAUACCUCCUGCACGCGCUAUGGACCUGAACGGCGAAAAACCCCGCGUGUUCUCUGCCAGGCCAGCCAUGCCAUAAGUUAAACUUACGCGAAUAUCGAACGUGUGAAUUUCAGUACGGAGGAGACGGCCGCGAGGAGUCUCUAACGUCGUUGACUUAAAAACGCGACCGCGUCGCCUGAAUUCUAGUUUUUAAUCGAAUCUAGACCGAACGACGAAACGAGGGUGGAGGCUCCUCGCGGGUCGUUCACUUCGCGGCCGUGGUCGAAGCUCUGUUCAACGAGGAGACAGGGUAACCGGGAGUCCCACGUGGUAUGGACGAACGAGUCCAGCGAAACGGAUUGCCGAUGGAAUAAAAUCGAACGUGCAAACUUUCCGUCUUUAUUACUAUUAAAUUAUUUUUUGUCAUUUGUUUUUCUCUGACGACGAGACGGGGACUGAUCGUCGACGAACGAAAAUGGCCUAGAGAGAGGCUCUCUAACGAGCAUUGAACACGCCGAAUAGCGCUUUAAGUAUCAGUUGUUUUUUUCUUGUCGAUUAUCAACGGCUAAAAGUUUGCUGAACGAAUUAGAUAAGGGAAUUCAGCCACGAUUAUAGCACAAUGUAACGAUUAUUCGCGGCUCUCGAUGUACCUAGACAUGGCUAUACGCACGUGAAAAUGUUCCCAGAAUUGUGCCACAAGACAUUGAACUGUUACCUGUUGCCUCUUUGUCGUUUCUAUUUUCAACGUUCUAGAGUAAUUUCUCUGUCUCUCUCUCUCUCCUUUCUUUAGUUUCUUUUUUAUUUAUUACGGACGGGAACGGUCCGCGAAUCGAAAUCGUUAUGACCCGCGUGGGAAACGUAAUAAACGUUCCGUUCGAAAUUUCGAGCUUUAACCCGAGUGAUGAACGAUCGGUUCAGUAAAUAGAAAAUUCAUUAGAAUUUAAAUGUAUAGCGAGAAGUCUUGGUUUCGAGAUGUCUUCUUUUCGAUCGAUUCGCGAGCGGCUCCUGUGACCAUAGAAAUUAAUGUACGACUUGUUGCACGUUCGCUCUAGUUCUACUUACUUUAAAUGAAUUAUUAAGUAUUUAACUGUCGAUAAGUAAAUGACGUUACUCGUCAUUAAACUGUUCUUAGAUUUGUUGGGAUUCAUCCCCCUGCCCGCGACCAUUCGCCCCAACCCCUUCCGAGAUGAUUUUUCUCUUUUGUUGCCUCUGUUACUUAAUAUUAAUAAUAUAUUAACUAUAUUUGUCAGAAUAAAUU